AUGACCGAGAAAAAGAAAGAUAAAGUGCUUCAUUCUCUGAUAGCUGGUUUAGUUGCCGGUGGAGUAGAAGCAACGAUUACAUAUCCAACAGAAUAUGUAAAGACUCAAUUACAAUUAGAUGGAACAAGCGGAACUAAGAGAUUUAAAGGUCCAAUUGAUUGUGCAGUAAAGACGGUACAAGAAAAAGGAAUCCCUGGUUUAUAUAAAGGAUUAUCUGCGUUAGUUAUAGGAACAGCAGCAAAAGCGGGGGUCCGUUUUUUAACUUAUGAUCAACUCAAAGUACUGUUACAAGAUGAAAACGGCAAUGUUUCUGGACCUAGAUCAAUGCUUGCUGGGCUUGGUGCCGGAAUGGUUGAAGCUAUCACUGUAGUAACUCCCACCGAAACGAUAAAAACGAAAAUAAUUCACGAUCAAACUCGAGCAAAACCUCAAUAUAAUGGACUUGUACAUGGCGUAACCAAGAUUAUAGCAAAUGAAGGUUUAGGAGGAAUUUAUCGCGGAUUAUUUCCUGUUAUGAUGCGUCAAGGGGCAAAUCAAGCAGUGCGUUUUUCAACUUAUUCUACACUUAAACAAGAAUUUCAAAAAUAUUCAGGACCACCAGGACAACCUUUACCUGCUCUAGUGACAUUUGGCAUAGGUGCAAUAGCUGGCACAGUAACCGUUUAUGCUACUAUGCCAUUAGAUGUAAUAAAAACCAAGAUGCAAGGUUUAAAAGCAAAAGAAUUAUACCGAAAUAGUUUUCAUUGUGGUUGGAAAAUUUUAAAAGAAGAAGGUUUAUUAGCUUUUUGGAAAGGAGCAACUCCUAGAUUAAGCAGAUUAUUGUUUUCAGGAGGUAUUAUCUUUACAGUCUAUGAACAAGUGAUGACAGGUUUAAGAAAAAUAGAAGAAUUGAAGUAUUAG